AUGAGUAAAAUUUUUAUUAGUCGACUAGAUGGUAAUGUUUCAUGGGGAUUUCGACUACAAGGUGGUUUAGAAUACAAUGAACCAUUAACAGUCACAAAUAUUGUCCCCGAUUCUCCUGCUGAUGGUAAACUUGAUCCAGGCGAUAUGUUAUUAGAAAUAGCUGGUAAUAAUGUUACAAAUAUGACUCAUCAAGAUGCUCUCGAGCUUAUUCAACGUUGUGCAAAUGCUCUUUUUCUUACCGUUCAUAAAGUCGGUUAUUCAUAUCCACCAACCGGAGCUGCACCACGUCCUGCUCCCAUAACUCCUAUGUGGAGACCAACUGGACAACAACAGCCACCUCAUAACCAACAGAACUUCCAACAACAACAACAACAACAACCUUACUACCAACAGCCACAACAGCAACCUUAUUAUCAACAACCACCUCACUAUCAACAACAACAACAACAACAACCACCUCACUAUCAACAACAACAACAACAACCACCUCACUAUCAACAACAACAACCACCUCACUAUCAACAACAACAACAACAUCCUCCUUACUACCAACAACAACAACAACAUCCUCCUUACUACCAACAACAACAGCCACCUUAUUAUCAACAACAACAACAACCGUACUAUCAGCAUGACUUUCAACAGCAGCAACAGUAUGAUCAACCGCCAGCACCUAUUUUCAAUGCAGCUCCUCCGGCGCCAACUCCUCCACCACCACCACCACCGCCACCCCCACCUCCUCCACCGCCACCACCUAUGCCUGCUGCUAAUGUCCCGCCACCACCAUUAUUCGAUGCUGAUCUUAUUGCAAAUGCAGCAGCUUCAUUAAAAAGUCGACCAGCUACUGAUGGAACAGCUACAUCAGAUGGACAAACAACAGACCUUUCAAAUAUUCCUGCUGUUCUUGCUAAAAGUUUAAGUCGACCUGGUGGUCCAAAACCAUUUACAUAUACACCAGGUGGUCUCGAUCUUUCAAAAAUUCGUGAAUCAGCUCGUGUUAGACGUCAUCGCGAAUAUACUUCGAAUACUGAAGAACCAAACGAAACACAAGAAUCUGAAACAAAUAUGAGUCGUCGAAUGAUAGUUCCACCUGAUAAUAUGAAUCAACAUCAUUAUGUACCACAAAAUCCAGCUCAAUCAUUUAAUUAUGCACGUCAACAACAAGCAACACCAACCAAAAAACAUAUACAACAUGAUGCAGAUGUAGUUACACAAUCACGAUCAUUUCAAAUGCUUCAAGGUUGGAUUUCUGAUAGUGAAAAAACUGUACCAGCACCAGUUGUACCACCAUCACAAUCACCAAUAACAACAACAACAACAACAACAAAUAAAUCAGCAGUUGCACGAGCUGUCCUUGAUGAACAAAUGGGUAAAAAUGAUCGUAGUAGAAGUUCUAGUGGUACAGCAGGUCUUCCUUCACGAUCAUUUCGUUAUUUACAAGAACAAUAUAAUACUAGUAAUGGUGAUAAUAAAGAAACAACAACAACAACAACAACAACAACAUUUGAAGAAACACCUAUGUCAAAUGAAGGUAUUGGUCUUCGACGUAGUAGUGAUGCUCAUAUGCCAUCACGUGCAUUUAAACUUUUACAAGAUCAAUAUGAUGCACAAAAUGCACCUGUUAAUCGAACAGCAGGAAUUAAUAAUCGAGAUGAUUUAGCAGAAAUUUAUAAUAAACCACCACCAAGUUUUCGUGAACGUGAACCUGAAGCUCCACGUUAUACAGGUUCAACAGUUCCAUCACGUUCAUUUCGUUUUCUUCAAAUGAUGACACAAAAUGAUGAACAAAAUAAUUCAAAACCAAUUGCUGGUUAUAAUAAAGCACAACCAUUAACAAAUAAAUAUGAUGAACAAAAUCUUUCAUUUAAUACAAAUAAACUUAAUACACAUCCAUCACGUUCAUUUAAAUAUUUACAAGAAUUAACAUCUGAACAACAAUCAACUGGACCAACAACUAUUACUCAAACAGAAACACAAACUAUUACAACAAAUAAUAGACAACAACAACAACCAAUAAAAAUGAAUAUUGCAAUUCAACAAUCACAACCAAUUGUUCAAGUCAAUACAACAAGUUCAAGUAGUCAAGGAGAUAUUAUUGAUAAAUUAUCUGCGGAUAUAGCAGCAACUGAUUUUUGA